CUGUAGUCAUGGCGCGGCAGUGGCCGCGAAGGGACUCGGCGCAUGCGCUGCUUCCGCCCGACUUUGCGAAGUCGCUGCUUCAGGCCGGGCUGGAGCCGCUGCCAUCUUGGCCGGGAAGCGGAGCGGCUGCUGCGCCCGUGCCCGAUUCAAGAUCCAGCCCGUAUUAUGGCUGGCAGUGGGUCCAGAUCAGGACCAUCCAGUGGGUUAUCCAUGAAAUCACAGCUUCAGAUCACUGUUAUUUCAGCAAAACUCAAAGAAAAAAACAAAUGGUUUGGACCCAGCCCUUACGUGGAAGUCUCUGUAGAUGGACAGUCAAAGAAGACAGAAAAAUGCAACAAUACAAACAGUCCAAAGUGGAAACAGCAUCUUACAGUAAUCGUCACUCCUGUAAGUAAAUUAAACUUUCGAGUCUGGAGCCAUCAGACUUUAAAAUCUGAUGUCCUUCUGGGAAGUGCUGCUCUGGAUAUCCAAGAGACUUUGAAAUCUAACAGUAUGAAACUUGAGCAGGUAGUGGUGACAUUGCAUCUUGUUGGUGACAGAGAACCAGCAGAAGUAGUAGGAGAUUUGUCUGUCUGUCUAGAUGGCAUGCAGGUAGAUCCAGAGCUCCUAACCAAUGGUGAUGCCUCAAGUACAAGAAGUCCUACACAGAGUGAUAGCUCCAAAGCAAGGAAUGAUACACGGACUAACUCAAAUGGCCUUGAAAGCUGUGAAGAUGCUUCUCCCAGUGAAAACAAGACUGUUAAUGGCAGUGAUUCUCCAUUACUCACAAAUGGAAGCUGCAAACCUUCAAGACCUCCGAGGCCUGCCAGACCACCUCCACCUACACCCCGCAGACCCACUUCACUAGCCGCAAGUGCAAAUGGUCCUUCAACCGCAUCCUCAGAGAACGAUGGGGCCAGUGCAGGAUCACUGGCAGGUCCAGCUGCAACUACGUCUUCUGAGCAGAGCCCUGAGGGGGCAACAGCAGGGGCAACAGCAGCAACAACAACAGCUCCUGCAACUGCUGCACUCGCCACACCUCCAGUAUCAAGACAAAUCCAGCCAGUAAAUCCUCCACCUCAGGCACUUACUACAGUCAGUCAAGGUCCUCUUCCACCUGGCUGGGAGCAAAGAGUAGAUCAACACGGUCGAGUAUACUAUGUAGAUCAUGUUGAAAAAAGAACGACGUGGGAUCGCCCAGAGCCUCUUCCUCCAAGCUGGGAGCGACGAGUUGACAACAUGGGGAGAAUUUAUUACGUUGACCACUUCACAAGAACUACAACGUGGCAGAGACCAACAUUAGAGUCUGUCCGGAAUUACGAGCAGUGGCAGCUUCAGCGCAGUCAGCUUCAAGGAGCUAUGCAGCAGUUUAACCAGAGGUUUAUAUAUGGGAACCAGGACUUUUCAUCGACACAGAACAAAGAAUUUGAUCCUCUUGGCCCUCUGCCACACGGAUGGGAAAAGAGAACUGACAGCAAUGGCAGGGUGUAUUUUGUCAAUCACAACACACGGAUCACUCAGUGGGAAGAUCCCAGGAGUCAGGGUCAAUUAAAUGAGAAACCCUUACCAGAGGGCUGGGAAAUGCGAUUUACUGUGGAUGGUAUUCCAUAUUUUGUGGAUCACAAUAGAAGAACAACUACCUAUAUAGAUCCCCGCACUGGCAAGUCUGCUCUAGACAAUGGACCCCAGAUAGCUUAUGUGCGUGAUUUCAAGGCAAAGGUCCAUUAUUUCAGAUUCUGGUGUCAGCAACUGGCAAUGCCACAGCACAUAAAAAUUACAGUGAGCAGAAAAACAUUAUUUGAGGAUUCCUUUCAACAGAUAAUGAGCUUCAGCCCUCAGGAUCUACGGAGACGCUUAUGGGUCAUUUUCCCUGGUGAAGAAGGCUUAGAUUAUGGAGGUGUUGCAAGGGAAUGGUUCUUUCUAUUGUCACAUGAAGUUUUGAACCCAAUGUAUUGCCUGUUUGAAUACGCAGGGAAAGAUAACUACUGCUUACAGAUAAACCCAGCCUCUUACAUUAAUCCAGAUCAUCUGAAAUACUUCCGAUUUAUUGGAAGAUUCAUUGCCAUGGCUUUGUUCCAUGGGAAAUUCAUUGACACUGGUUUCUCUCUGCCGUUCUAUAAACGUAUCCUAAACAAGCCAGUAGGACUCAAGGAUUUAGAAUCUGUUGACCCAGAGUUUUACAACUCUCUCAUCUGGGUAAAAGAGAACGAUAUUGAAGAAUGUGGCUUGGAAAUGUUUUUCUCAGUUGAUAAAGAAAUUCUAGGUGAAAUCAAAAGCCAUGAUUUGAAGCCAAAUGGUAGCAACAUUCUGGUCACAGAAGAAAACAAAGAAGAAUACAUUAGGCUAGUAGCAGAAUGGCGACUUUCCCGAGGUGUUGAGGAGCAGACACAGGCUUUCUUUGAAGGCUUCAAUGAAAUCCUGCCGCAACAGUAUCUGCAGUAUUUUGAUGCUAAAGAACUGGAGGUGCUUCUCUGUGGAAUGCAAGAAAUUGAUUUGAAUGACUGGCAGAGACACACCAUCUACAGGCACUACACCAGGACGAGCAGGCAGAUAGUGUGGUUCUGGCAGUUUGUGAAAGAAAUAGAUAAUGAGAAGAGAAUGAGACUCCUGCAGUUUGUUACUGGAACAUGCAGAUUACCAGUGGGAGGAUUUGCUGACCUCAUGGGGAGCAACGGACCCCAGAAAUUUUGUAUUGAAAAAGUUGGCAAGGAAAAUUGGUUACCUAGAAGUCAUACCUGUUUCAAUCGCUUAGACCUUCCACCCUAUAAGAAUUAUGAGCAGUUGAAGGAAAAGCUGUUGUUUGCAAUUGAAGAAACAGAAGGAUUUGGGCAAGAAUAGCUAAAAUUUGCACCUUGAAGAAUGUGAACUCAACACAGUGUCUGGUCUUCACUUCUUCUGCCUGUUGCACACUUCAUUGUAAAGUAGACUUGACUUGGAUUUAUUUAACAAUACUAAUGUGUAAG